AUGGCUUUUUCUGCCCAUGCCGGGACCUCCACAAGCAUUCCGGGCUCCGUGAUCUUUGAUGAGGGCCAUUCCUUUUCCAUCAUACCAGCACCAACGCCAACACCGAAGUUGGGAAGACGACGGCGCGCAAAGCAACACGAGAAGGGCCAGGAGAGAUUCCCGGAGCUAGAUGAUGAAGUGUAUGAAGUCGAUGAUGAGAUGAUGGCUGGCCAUACUCGGAGAGAGCGGGUGAAGAUGAAGGCAUUGAACCACAUCAGCGCAUGGCUACGAUACUACAGCUUCGAGGAGAUGGACGUGAAUGAGCUGCAGGUGCCCAGCGGCUGUUUUCUUUUCAGGCCUGAGUCUAUGUGCGCCAUCCACGUCGCAGCCAAGCUUGGCCACGACGUGAUUAUAAAGACACUGCUCAUUGCAAGAGCAGACCCCAAGCGGAAGACAUCCCGGGGCCGCACGGCGCUCCAGAUCGCGCAGAAAGCGGAUGUGGAUGGUUCCCAUCGCGAGGCGUUGGAGGCUCUCGAGACUGCCGACAGGACUAUGUCGCUCCGGCGAGCCAUUGAGUUGAUGAGUAAUUCAGCGCAUGCAUGCAGCGGGAACCCAUGCUGA